CAGCUCCAUAUGGCGAGCAGGCCGGCCCUGCUUGCGGAUUUGCGUUGACGUGCUUCGCCGGACACGUCGAGGAGCCACGAUGCUUCACCGGCCAGGACCCGAGGAGUAUUAGAAUGAUGAUGUUCGUGGUUUUUCUAUCACUGCCAAAGGUCCUUGGACAUUUCGUGCGUUCCUCGCUCAGGUGCUAACUCAGCUGGCGCGCUGAUGUUCUUGCGUUGCAGCCUCAUUGACUGGUCUUCGCGUGAUUCUGUCGGAAGCAACGUCCUUGUCCUCUGGGUGGACUUCUCCUUUCGAGGAAGUCAAGGCUGGUUGGCGUCGUCAUACUCGUCCGUCCAGCUCAUGGUCUUUGGGGCGACCGGUGCGGAAGAAGGCCAGCUGCUGCAGCGGGUCUGGUGCGCAAGGUAUGCAAUCCUGGUGCGAACUCUCGUGAUGCAGCAACACGAGAUCCGGAUUUUACCAAGAGGGCAUCUCGAUGAGAGAUCCGCACUUGAGUCGCAGGUUCUCUACAGCAACAAGACCCACGGUACGCUCAUGUCAGAUGUUGACCGUGCUGCGCAUGAGUUCGUUUGUUUGGGCGACCUCGGUGAGGAUGUGGGAGAAGGCCUGCUUCCAAGCGCCAGGAACUCUUCUCUCAGCUUGGCAUCAAUUCCAAGAAGGUUGGGAACUUCCGUUUGAAGACCCCUCCAGUUGCUACCUGAGUGCUGUUUGAGGGCUUCGACCUGAAAUUCCAAUGACGACUUGUCUUGACCUGAUGUAAACCACGUAUUUGAGGCCAUCGAUUGUGCAGAAGGGGGGAACGGGGAGAUGUCGGGACUCCCUCAGAUGGCGGCUCUUUUGAAUGGGCUUAGACGAAGUAUCAGGCCACCGGCGGCCACCAAAUCCAAACUUCCUGCUCGUAUACCUGCUCAGUGGUGGCCACACAGACGGCAUCGUAUCGCCCAGAAUUUGGGCCACCAUCAGCCGCAUUUGAGGAG